UUUAAAAAAAACUCCUACUCUAAACAGUGUAGCAUCAUAAGUAUUUCUGGUGAGUUCUGCUUUAAAAUGUCUUAUUACACCAUUUGUGCGAAGCCGGUCUUCCGCGUGGCAGGAAGAGGGAAGAUCAAAACAGGCAAGAUAAAAGCCCUUUGCAAAGUCGGCUACUAGUUUGUCUAACCAUAACCCUAGCCCUAACCCUUCUUCAUCAGAUAUCCCUGCUGCAUGAAGGAGCCUCGGAUAGUCCGCCGUGAUGUCCAGCUCUGAUGUCCCCCACUAUCCUGACAGCGAUAACAGACCGCAUUCCAGUGUCCUUGCCCCCCCUUUCCCUCGCCCAUCCCAGCCGGGGUCAUCAUCCCAUUCCUAUCAUUCUCCCUUUGGAAAAAAUGCGACUACGGCGCACGCGUAUUGCGCACUGGAAGCCAUGUUAAAGUUGGCAUACGGAGGACUCCGGCUGUGAUUUUUUUGUUUUUAAUUUCCUUUUUUUGUUUUCCCCCCUUUUCCUCCAAUUUUCUCCCGAUGUGGCAAGCCGACCCCCCGUCCAUUCCUCGUCUCUGAAACCCCGAUCGCUUUGCAGAUCCCCAAAGCCGAGGGGCUCCUUACACACGAUGGAUUCCAGCUUCGACCUGUCCAGGAGGAAUCCGCAAGAGGAUUUCGAGCUGAUCCAGAGGAUCGGGAGCGGGACCUACGGCGAUGUCUACAAGGCCCGCAAUGUGUCCACUGGGGAGCUGGCUGCCAUUAAGGUCAUCAAGCUGGAACCCGGGGAGGACUUCGCGGUAGUGCAGCAGGAGAUCAUCAUGAUGAAGGACUGCAAGCACUCCAACAUCGUGGCCUACUUCGGCAGCUAUCUCAGGAGAGAUAAAUUAUGGAUAUGCAUGGAAUACUGCGGUGGAGGAUCGCUACAGGAUAUAUAUCACGUGACGGGGCCCCUGUCCGAGUCCCAGAUCGCCUACGUAUCGCGGGAAACACUCCAGGGGCUGUUUUACCUCCACCAUAAAGGAAAGAUGCACAGGGAUAUUAAAGGAGCGAAUAUCCUGCUAACGGAUAACGGCUAUGUGAAGCUGGCCGACUUCGGCGUCUCUGCGCAAAUCACAGCCACACUGGCCAAAAGGAAGUCUUUCAUCGGGACUCCAUACUGGAUGGCCCCCGAAGUGGCCGCUGUGGAGCGAAAAGGGGGCUACAACCACCUGUGUGACAUCUGGGCAGUGGGCAUCACAGGCAUCGAGCUGGCAGAGCUGCAGCCACCCAUGUUUGACCUGCAUCCUAUGAGGGCCCUGUUCUUGAUGACCAAAAGUAAUUUCCAGCCGCCAAAAUUGAAAGAUAAAGUGAAGUGGACCAACAACUUCCACCACUUCAUCAAGAUGGCGCUGACAAAGAACCCGAAGAAGCGGCCGACGGCCGAGAAGCUCCUGCAGCACCCUUUUGUCACUCAGCCCCUGAGUCGGACGCUAGCCAUCGAGCUGCUGGACAAGGCCAGCAACCCUGACAGCAGCUUGUACCCCGACUUUGAUGACGACGACCCCGAGCCUGAGCCUCUGGAACCCGUGCCGCCUCGGAUCCGCUCUACCAGCCGCAGUUCCCGGGAAGGCAAGACGCUCUCCGAGAUCAACUUUGGCAAAGUGAAGUUCGAUCCUCCUCUGCGGAAAGAGACGGAACCUCAUCACGAGCCGCAAGGCACAGUGAGCUUUUCCCUUCCUGAUGUGUCAGUGAUGCCCAGUUCACCGCACUUACCUCUACUGCCCGACACUGACGAUUUUUUGGACUGUGCAGAGGAAAUAUACUACACUGCAAGAUCUAAUCUGGAUCUUCAGCUGGAAUUCCCACACGGAUCACCGGAAAACUCGUUUUUGGGAGGGAAUAAGAGCCUCCUGAAGUCCGUGGAGGAGGAGCUACAUCAGAGGGGACAUGUGGCUCAUUUAGAGGAUGAUGAUGAUGGUGAUGAUGAUGAAACUCAACACUCCUCUACAUCCACCAUGAGGCCCAAAGUGCCACCACCGCUGCCCCCUAAGCCGAAAUCCAUCAGCGGCUUCCAGGAGGGCUUACCGCUGGACGAGAACAAUGGACAGGGGACCGUCAAGCGCUGUCCAGCAACUGAGAGCCCAGCACGGCCCAUCUCCUCCGUGCCCCCCCGACCCCCACCCCCGCGCCUCCCCCCACAGAAGCGCAGCAGCCUAGGAAACGAGGUGAGCCCAGCUCAAGUGAAUGGGGAGAAGGAGAGCUCCACAGGAGAGAAACAGUCGACAAUGCCCCCUACUGUCCCCAUCCGGAAGGACAAGAAGGACAUUCCGAAACCAAUAAGCAAUGGUCUCCCUCCUACUCCGAAAGUCCAUAUGGGCGCUUGCUUCUCCAAGGUCUUCAAUGGCUGUCCGCUAAAAAUCCAUUCUGCCACCUCGUGGAUCAACCCCGACACCAGAGACCAGUACUUGAUAUUCGGAGCGGAGGAGGGCAUUUACACGCUAAAUCUCAACGAGCUGCACGAGACGACCAUGGAGCAGCUCUUCCCUAGGAGGUGCACCUGGCUUUAUGUGAUGAAUAACUGUCUGCUCUCCAUAUCCGGAAAAGCGUCCCAGCUGUACUCUCACAACCUGACGGGCCUCUUUGAAUACUCACGACACAUGCAGAAGCUCCCUGUCGCCAUUCCUGCUCACAAGCUUCCCGACAAAAUCAUUCCCAGGAAGUUUGCAGUGUCCAAUAAGAUUCCAGACACAAAGGGAUGCCAGAAGUGCUGUGUAGUGAGGAACCCCUACACGGGUUACACCUACCUGUCUGGGGCUUUCCAGUCCAGCGUGAUGCUCUUGGAGUGGGUGGAACCCAUGCAGAAGUUCAUGUUCCUCAAGAACAUCGACUUCCCGCUGCCAUGUCCACUGGAGGUCUUCGAGAUGCUGGUGGUGCCCGAGCAGCAGUAUCCCCUCAUCUGCAUGGCCGUCAGCAAGGGCACCGAGCAGAACCAGGUGGUGCGUUUCGAGACCGUCAACCCCAGCUCCACCUCCUCCUGGUUCAUUGAGUCAGAUAUGCCGCAGACGUGCGUGAUCCACGUGACUCAGCUGGAGAAGGACACCAUCCUGGUGUGCCUUGAUCGGUGCAUUAAAAUUGUGAAUUUGCAAGGGAGGUUAAAAUCCAGCAAAAAGCUGUCCGCUGAGCUGACCUUUAACUUCCAAAUUGAAGCGAUAGUAUGCCUCCAGGACAGCGUGCUGGCUUUCUGGAAGCACGGAAUGCAGGGACGGAGCUUCAAGUCCAACGAAAUUACGCAAGAGAUUUCUGAUAAUACAAGGAUCUUUCGGCUCCUGGGGUCGGACAGGGUGGUGGUUUUGGAGAGCAGACCCACGGAUAACCCUACAGCACACAGCAACUUGUACAUCUUAGCAGGCCAUGAGAACAGUUACUGAGCAAGGUGCAUCAUGGGAUUGCACACGAUCAAGAAAGGAAAUGCGCUCUGUGGGUCCGCCGCACAGAGCAUCUUGAGGUCAAAUGGGACUGAUUUAUACCGUCUUUAAUUUAUUGUGGCAUGUUACGAAGGCACAAAUUACAUUGUUCUUUUAAUUUAUAAUGUCUUUUAUAAAGUGUUGCCACCCAUGAUACCAUUUUAUGCUACCACACAAGUGCUUAUUAGACUUAUAUUUAAUUGUUGUAAAUAAAAAUGUAGUAUUUUUGAAGCGAGGGACUUGAACUGAUGUGAGGUUGAGGCACUAAGGACCAGUUAUGUAGGUAUCAGUGAAAAUCCACUGUACAGUUGUUCACACUGUUAAAGCUGGGUACUUUAAGGGCUUGUCCUGCUGGGAUACGUUGGAGUAGCAUUGCAGCGCCAUUUGGAGACUCGGAAGCAGGGAAGUGUCCGUCUUGACAACAGUAAUAUAUUUUAUAUUUCUUGGGUUGGUCUUAUGAAUCCAUAUGCUUUUAAACUUUUUUUUUUUUUAAUUGUAAGCCAUUUCCAGUCUUGUUUUUUAAUGCCGCGGUAUAAAACUGAACGUAAAUUUGCACAGAGGGUGUUCAGAAAUGGUGAUGUGUAUAUAUAUGUGUGUAACAUACAUGCACAUAUUGAUACGUAUGUGUACAUUCGAUAUGUAUAAUAUACAAAUAUACACUGCAAUAUCUGUAUACAAGCUAUACCUACACAGAAGCUGUGGUCCUGGCUUCUUAAACUCUAGUUUACAAAAACAGCAGCCUUGUUGUUACUUAGAUACCUGAAAGACUGAUAUAAAAACAAUACUAUUCAGGCUUAGGCGAAAUCGUAGAGACUUUGUUCAGUCGUACUCUUACGUCUUAAUCAUCGUUGCACUUUUCCCAAAGCAUUGUCCUUCAUGUUGGUGUUCUUAAACUGUCCGAAUCAAGAUUGACAUUCCAUCUGCCCAUUUAGCUCAGAGCUGAAGCCGCUCAGAUCAGCAUCGUCGUCGUCAUGUCUCACGUUUGAUGGUUUGCCAAAACGUACGUCUCACAUUUCAGCGAUGAAGUGCUGGGUGAGUCUACCUCACUCAGAGCUGUCACAGACUGACAAGAAGAAACGUAAGUGCUACCAAGCAGAAAAUAUGGAAAGUAUAUUGUGGGACUGCUCAUUCUGUUGGUUGCUAAAAAAGAAGAAGCUUGUUUUCCUGUUUUGCGACAGUAACAUUUUCCUAUUUCAAUGCAUUAUGUAUAUAAUGUAAAAUAAAAUUGUUCAGUUUUAA